CUUAAUUUUCCCUUUUCUAUUUUUCGGGAGGGAAAAAUACAGAGGAGGAGGAGAAGAAGAUCGUCGAAUUUGCCAACGUUCCAACUUCCCCAACUUCUUGGUUCAAUUCAACCUUCACUCCAACCCUUUUCUUCUCCUGAGGCUCAGAGAUCCGAAUUUCAUUGCCGAGAGAGAGAUAGAGUGUUGAAUCAAAGAGCUUGGAAAGAAAGCACGAAUCUUUUUUCUGCUUGCUUUGCUGAGGGGAAAUGGCGAAAGAAAACAAGUUGAGAACCAAAGUCGUCGUUAGGCAUUUGCCUCCAACGCUUUCCAGCUCCGACCUCUUCUCCCAGUUCGAUCAUCUCUUCUCCGACCGCUACAAUUGGGUCUCCUUCCGCCCCGGAAAUACCAGUAGGAAGAGUCGGAACCAGAGGCAUUCUCGUGCUUAUAUUGCCUUCAAGAGCCCCGGGGAUGUGACGGAGUUUGCACAGUUCUUCAAUGGCCAUAGAUUUGUCAAUGAAAAGGGUGCUCAGUUCUGUGCUGUUGUUGAAUACGCUCCAUCUCAGCGUGUUCCUAAGCAGUGUGCUAAUGAUAGUCGAGAAGGGACCGUUCUCAGAGAUCCGGACUAUCUGGAGUUCCUCAAGCUGAUUGCAAAACCUGUGGAGUGUGUUCGCAGUUCUGAAUUUCAGUUUGAAAGAAAAGAGGCUGAACAAUCAGAGACUUUGAAGGGCAGCAUUGUCGUUACACCCUUAAUGGAGUUUGUGCGCCAGAAACGAGAAGCACAGUAUAUUACAAAGGUCCACCCAAAGAAGCCCAGUGGUAAGGAGAAAGUUCUCAUCAAUAAUGCAUUUGGAGUAGAAGCCAAACCUCCCCCUUCCACCCAGAAAGAAAGAUCACAAAAUACGUCCACUCCUAGAGUUCAAGCUUCUCCAAAGACGAUAAAUAAGACAGCUGAUUCUAGAAAGAAGAAGACCCUGCAGGAUAAAGAAAAGAAGCACAAAACUUCACUUAACCAUGGGAAUGACUCUAGUGAAAAGCUGAUAAAGCGCAUCCUCUUAAGUUGUGAAUCACGUCAAAAGGAACCUUUAGCAGCUGCCUAUCCUCAAGAGAGAUAUCAUCAACAGCAGUGCGAGAAUGAAAAGAACCAGAUUACACCAAUGGGACUAGGAUCAACCAACAUUAGCCCGCGUAAGAAACCACAUCCGACUAUUAGUGGUUCUGUUCAAAACAGAAUUACAGACAAUCAGUCUUUGAAAAAGGCCACACGUUCAACUGUAAAGCGCACCAGGAACAAGAGAAAAAUUGAUAAACCAACACUCGGUGUCCCGAAUCCAGGUCUUCCAUCUAAUCAACAACACGUUGAUAAGGAAUGUAAUGAGUCCCAUCAGCUUCAUGCUAAUGGUGCAGGGGGGAAAGUUGUUUCCCAUGAAGUUGCGAAAGUUAUGAAGAAUGAUGUAUCCUCUGCAAGUAAAGCUAAGGGGAAAUCAUCGAAAAAAGGAGUUGGUACUGGCCACCCUGGUCUUGAGAAGCAAGUUUGGGUUCCGAAGUCAAACACAGCUUCUUAGGCACUUUGAUUUGGUAUGGUGUCUUGCUAUUAUCUCAAGGUUAACAAUGCACUUAUGUUCCACAAAUUAACAACAUAGAACUUUGUUAUUCAAAUUAAUGAAGUAAUUAUACUUAUGUGGUUGCUUGCACUCUCUCUUUUGCAAAUUUUCUUUUUUCCAGGAAAAUUCUCUGAAAGUUCAAUGCCCUUACCAAUCAAAGCUCACUGAUUCUUUAAGUUGAUGCAUUGUGUAUUCCUAUAAAGCCUUGUGGAAAUGGUAUGCAUUCUGAGCAAGCUUACCGAGGAACAAAGUGAACCCCAGGGCAGUUCUUGUCACAAACACACUACGCAGAAGGCAGUGAAAUGCUCUGCACGUCUGAAGUGAAUCAAUGGGAGAUAUAAUUCCUCGCUACGGGAAGAUUCUAAAGAAUUGAGUAAAUGCAUUGAUCUUAU